GGACAUCGUAUGUUGUCUAAAUGACAGCAUAAACGGGUUGAAAAUUGACAGCCAGCUUGAAAGAAGGCUUCCAUCGUGGUGUCUUUCCUCAAAUCCCUCGUUCGACACCUGACCAUCCAAAUCCUCCGCUCAAUACGCCCCAUUCAAGAGUGCGUGUGUACAAAAUUACAAGUUGAUGUUCACCUGAGUUCAAUAGUGCGUGAAGCGUUAAGGUCAUUGCGCAACUAAAUUAUUCUAAUCACUGUCUGCCGAAAUGCCGAGUCCAGUUUGGGAAGUGUAUUGAGGCGCCCGUUCAUUGCUGAGACCGCAACUGGGCCAUUCCGCUAAAUUAGAAAAGUUUUCGGGAAACUACAUUGCCACCUCCUCCCAGUUCUUGUGAAUUUCAACCCAUCUUGCUAAAAUGGAUCAACAGACGGACACAUAUAAGGAGAAGAGGAAAGCGGAAAUCGCGGAAGAGAAGUUCGUUGUGCAUUUGAUGGUUGGAUUUCAUGAUAUUUGCAUUGUUACCGCGGCUCUUCCCCUUAUCACGCUUCUGCUCUGCUUCAUAACAGCAUACGUCUUCCAAGCUGAGGAGGUGCACGAAACACAUUGUCGGGUAUAUAACGUGAUUCCAUCGAUAAGUGCAAUUACCGGUGUAAGUCCUCAACGUUAUUUUUGGCGGAUUUGCAUUGCACUGCAUAUAGGACCACGAUUUCCAAUUGCUGCUGUCUACCGAAACUAUUACCGGACGCUAAUGGUGAAUGUCAAGACCAUGAAGGACAUUAAUCUGGGAAAUUUCCUAAUAAAUCUGGUAUUUUGGUUGAAUAUUAUUGAAAUUUCUUCGCUGUGUGGAGUCACGUAUAUUUCAAAUAGGGAGAACUAUCCAAUCCACGAGAAAGUAUUCAUCGUAUUUAUGACUGUAUCAUUGUGUCACAUGCUGGCAACUAUCAAGCUUUACCAACUAUUACACACUGCGGAAACAAUGACCCCCCAACAGGAAGAUUCUCUGAAAUGGAAGAAAAGGCUAUUCGCUGUAUCAAUAGCGAGUACAAUUGGAUUGAUACUAUUCUUCUUAAAACAUCGAUUAUUGUGCCAUGAUAUGGCCUUUAGUUGGUUUGCUCUCUGCGAAUAUAUUAUAGCGUCCGCGAAUAUGGCUUUCCAUUGCACAACAAUGUUAGACUUCCCAUCUGAACAUUUACUCAUUGCACAUGGCGCAGCUGAUCAAUUUAAGAAAAAAUCUAGACCUAGCGAAUUGAAGUGUGAAUAAUUCUUAUUAAUAGUUGUAGCUAUUUAUUUAAGAAGAAAAAAAUCAAAUGGUUGACUUGGACGCACUGUACUUGGUGUACUCUUAACUUCCUUGAAAUAUAUUUAUAGCAUUUAAGAUACCAAAAGUAAAAAAAGUGAAGCUGUUUUUCUAACGUGUGUUCAUGGAGCUUAGUAUCUUCAUGAUGGCCGACUUAACUGAUAUUGAUACGUAGCUACCUUGAUUGUUUUUCAUCUUAUUAUUUAUUUUUUCGAAAUGAUAUCACUGAACAUAUUUUUUGAUCUCUCUAUUUAAAUCGAUAUUUAUUUACACUCUUUAUUUAUUUGAUAAAGUAUUUAAGCUUAUUGAACUAACACUUCUUUCGUAACAAAGUAUUUAUAUGGUACAUUUAUAUGUAACUUUUGCACCACUUCGAAUUUUCUUUUUACUAUCUACAAUCUACAGAACAAGUAGGGAAAGAGUUAUAUAUUUGAAUCACGAACAAAUUAUAUACACAUAGAGAGAAUACAGUAAUACUAUGUAGCAAUAUGUAUAAAAUUUCUAGUCAUAUGGAAUAUUUACAUACUUUAAGCGUAUUUAUGAGACCAAAAAAGAAUUAUAUUGAACAUU